AUUUAGAAGUAUCUAAUGGAAAAUUGUUGCAGGGACCUAAAAAGGUUAUACAUUCGACUGAGAGUAUGGCUGAUGUCGCAGUACAAAUGAAGGACGAAGAACAGAAGAAGGUAGCAACUGAUGACACAUCUUCUGGUUCUUCCGGAAAUGAAGCUGGCGAUGAAAAAGGUUCAGAUAACGAAAACGAUGAAAACGAGGGUGAGGUUACGGAAGCUCAGAAGAAGGUUGCGGAAGCUGCUGGACUGGCUGACCAGGUGUCUGGAGACAAAAUGAGCAAACAGUCACGAUCAGAGAAGAAGGCGCGUAAAUUAUUCAGCAAACUGGGUCUGAAACCAGUUCAUGGCGUCUCUCGUGUUUGCAUUCGGAAAUCAAAAAAUAUUCUUUUUGUGAUAAACAAACCUGAUGUGUACAAGAGCCCGGGCUCUGAUACCUACAUUGUUUUCGGUGAAGCUAAGAUUGAAGAUUUAAGUGAGCAUGCACGAUUUGCUGCGGCAGAAAGGCUGAAGCCGAAUGACACACAACUAGGUGGUCAAGGUGGACGUAUGAAUGUUACUCGAACCGAGCAGGGAGAAGAAAGUGGUGAUGAUGGUGAAGUCGAUGCGACUGGUAUUGAGGAGAAGGACAUUGAACUAGUAUGUUCCCAAGCCAACGUAUCACGUAAUCGAGCUAUUAAGGCAUUAAAGAAAGCCGACAAUGAUAUUGUUAAUGCGAUAAUGGAGCUGACCACGUAGGAUGGUAUUUCUCGGGUGUUAUGUUGAUCAGUUUAUAAAUCCACUAUUAAUGUCCUUCGUGCCCACGCUUUCCUCAUCUAUAAUUCCCACUCUGAAAAUAAAAUCUGCUCAACAGA